AUGAAUCUCACCGCCAAGUCCGACGACAACCCCCGCCCCUUCAAGCGGCAAAAACUCGUUUCCUCGUCACCAUUGACUUCGAGUCCAGCGCCUGCGUCCGUCUCACUCGCGCCACUUCCUCCUGCCGUCCUCCUCGUCUCCCUGCCAGCGCUGCUAGCGCAUCCUCCCAACCACCGCUUUUAUGUUCACUCUCUGUGUUUGUCGCUUGACGCACUUAGGAAGUGUCUGGGCCUCCACGCGUUGCCGCCUGACAUCGAGUGUCGCGCAUGGACCGGUCUUGCGGAGAUUGGUAUGAAGGUCAUUGGUGGAGGGUUCAGCCAGGACAAAAAUUACCCGUGGGCGAAAGGUAUAGAGUCAGAGGUGGAGAAAGCUAUCAGUAAAGGUUCAAUUAUAGCCCAGAAGCAUCCUUCCCUUCGCGCAUACAUGCUACAUCUUUCACUCCUUCAAGUCGAGCUUUCCCAGUGGCAACACAAGACCAAAUUCGCACGUACACAGAUCCGCAAUAUCCUCGCCUCCUUCCUACCCACCGACCCGCUCUAUCUCGUCUACAGCGCCUACCUUGCCUCGAUCACUCUCUUCACCACGCCCUCCGCACCCACCGGCACCCAUAGCCCCGUAGCUGCUCACCUCUUCCCAGGCACGCUUACCCAGAACGCGCAGGAUGUUCACGCCGCACUCGCCGCCGUACGGGAUCUGGAGGCGCUCGCGGGGACCCAUGGCCACAAGCCCGUCGCUCUACUAGCACACGUCCUACGGCUGCGCAUCCUCAUUGCUGCAGAGCACUGGGAAGAUAUCCCUGACGCGCUCGAGCGCUGUGAAGCCGUACUCGGACUUUCGUACAGUCCUGCUGCGACACCACGCUCGCGCAAGUCGUCCGAGGAGCCGCAGAAGCCCGAGGCAACGUUCAUCGCUUUCGAAGACCCAUUUGAGGCCGCGAUGGUUGUGCAUAUACUCAUGGUGGCGGUGGUGUUUUUCACGCAUGUGGGUAAUGCGGCAGAGGCGUCGCCGAGGCUCUCACAUCUGCAUGCACUGCUCGACUCGGGGGCGCUGGAUAAGUUUCCAGACGGUACGGUGGAGAUCGUCCUCCCGAACGGCCCCCCACUCACGAUCUCCACGACACACCCACGCGUACUAUUUCUCCUCGCUUUCCUGGUAAGCAGCACCGCGAAGCGCGAUGCAGUCGGGCGGAAGCCCAAGCGCAAGGUAUUCGCCAUAGAAGGUUUAGCAGCCUGGGAGAACAAUCUCACCCAGGAGAUACUGUUUACUCCUUGGGCUGGAAUGGGCGACGUGGAGGAAGUAGAACAGCACCUCGCGAGAAUCAAGGCUGACCUUCUGUGCGAACUGAUAGCGGUAUCCAUCAUGCGCAGCGAGUUCGACACGGCAGAACAGAACCUUGACGCGCUCAUCGCCCACACGCGCACAUACGAGCUCUUCCCGCGGUACGCGGCACGCAUCGCGCUGCACCAUGCUCACCUCGCACACGCGCUCGGGCAAAGCUCCCGCGCGCUCCAGUGUUACCGUGCGGCCGUCCACCAUGCAGAGCGCGGUAGCUUCGUGGAGAUCGCGGCGCGCGCAGGAGAGGUCGCGCUACAGAUCGGGCUGCGGCGCGGGAUGAGGACAGCUAGCGAUGAAUUGGAAGAUGGCGACGAAGACGGAGAUACCAUGCUCGAGCGGAAGAUGGGAAUGGAUGUCGCGCGAGCGUGCCGCGGGAUGGGGGGUGCUCUGGAGGCUGUUGGGCGGAUUCUCGAGGCGUGUCUCACUUCGGAGAUUCUCAGAGCCAAACAACAUUUGAAGCAGGCGCUCAGCGUCGUGACGAAGGCGCAGGAUAACCAUUUACGCGCUCUCGUACUCGCGCUUAUCGCGUCGCACUACCUGCACACCGCAGGGGACCACGCAUUGCAGAUGCUGCAGACGUGCGAGCAGCUCGUGGCCGGACUGGGCGCUCCGCCGACGAAGCCAGUGAAGGGCCAGCCUGCCGUUGCUGUGGGGAACGCCCCACUGGGCCUGUGGGUCGGUCAGCGGUUCUUGGAACUGUUCAAGCGCGCAGGGAAGGAAGCGCGUGUGCAGAAGCAGCAGGAGACCAACGUGCAGCUCGCUAAGGCGGUGGAGGAGCUCGCGCGAUGCGCUAUGGCUUCGCAGAAUUGUACGUGA